UUCGCUCAUCACAUAUUCAACAUCUCUUCCAUCACAUGAAGAUCUCACUUGCUCACAUGAACUAAGGACACAGCCACAGAAUCCGUCGGUGGAUUAUAAAGUAGAUCUCAUUUUUUAGCUGCUGCUUUUUUCUUCCUUCAAGACAAGAAAAGGGGAAACAUAACUUUUGGGAGGCAGCUUGAACCAAAUCACAGCUGCAUGCGGAGGCCAGCCGCUUCGAGAGCGAUGUCAUCUCUACUUUCUCACAGCAAAGAUCAGCCCCGCAUCAGAAAGUCUCCCUCUGACUCCUCUCCAACUUCAUCCCCGGCCACCGCCAAGAGCCUGAGGCACGAGAGACUGUCUCGACUGAACUCGUCUGGAUCCUCGGAUGUCUCCAACGACACAUCAACCAACCACGCCGAGUCCUACUUCCUACGGCGAGAGAACCGACUCUCCGCGAGGAAAAGGGCCGAAGAGGAGUCAGCGAACAAUGACUAUAAGAAGAUGUAUGAGAAGGCGCUGGCCACCAAUCAGAGGCUGAAGUCUCGGCUGGAGACGAGUAAACAGGAACUGGCCAUGAUUCAGGACCAGCUGCAGCGAGCCCAGGGAAGAGCAGGGGAUUGUGGCUCGAACACGCUUGAGACAGAGAAGAAGGAAAGUCACACUCUACAACGGACGAUAGCAGAUAUGGAAGAACAGUUAAAGAUUAAAGCAGAGCUGAAGAUGGAAAACCAGCGACUGAAGGACGAGAAUGGAGCUUUAAUCCGGGUCAUCACUAAACUGUCCAAGUAAUACGGAAAACAGGAAAGAUAAGAAUACAGAUGUAAAAUGUGAUAGCUUCGUGUCACUGUACUGUAUCUAAAGUAGUAUGACAGAAAAUAUUUGAGAUUUAAAUUAAUAUUGUAUAUUCAUAACAUAUUUCUACAUAAAGGCAAAUGCCAACACGACCA